GAAAACGCAGAAACUAUAUUGAAACCGUUGUCGUAUUACUGUGGUAUUGUUCGUCUUUGCAUAUGAAAUACAAUGGUGAGUAUCUGUCUUUUUUAGUGGAUUUCUCGAUUCUUUUACUUGAUGUUUCUCCUAAUGAGGGGGAAAUUAUUUUCAAUUUGUAACUCAUGUUAUCCCGACAUGUAAUUAAUAAUUUGGGUCAUGGAGCGGGGUCCAAUAACAUAAACAUAAUUGGUCCGAGUCGUAGAGUUGAUUACUCAAAUAAAAAAGUAGAGAGCAUAUUACAAUUUAAUAUGUUGGCUAUUGAUAUUAUUUAUCUCAACCCUACAAAUUAAACCAAAUUAACAGAAUCAAAUGAGUUGCCCAUUUUGUGGCAAAACAAACCUUUUCGUCGAAAGUUCGACGAUUAGUCGACUUCCGCACGGCGUUAUCUUCUGUAUUCUGACUUUGUGAAUUCUGGUUCCAUUUUUUACUAUGUUAAAAAAAAAAAAAAGUUUGCUACUUGCUAGAUCUCGUUGGGGCCGUUAAGUACCCAGAGUGAUUCACUAUCCACAACAUGGGCUACACGAUCUCGAGCCCAAUGUGGUCCGCCAGUCGCCAGAUGCGCUUUAUUACCUGCUAGGAAACUAUCCGCCUCAUCAGUGGGCUGGGCCUGCGAGACAAGGAGAUUGAGGUCUAGGAUGGGUUCGGCAGGGGAGGCCCGUUAUCUAUUACAAACUUAGUUUAAUAUUAAUUUGGUACAUGAGAACAGUGGCACACACUCACACUUGAAGUCCUAGAUACGAAUAUUACGAUUGCCUGAACGUGUGUGUGUGACCCUUUUUUGUUAUUAUGGGUUUUUGAAGGGCAAACUUCUGACAUAUCAAACUGACACUAAACUUUUCUCGUUGAGCUAAAACCAUAUGAUAAUAUCAUAUUCCCCCCACAGAAUAUUGAACCCAGAUCUAACCUUCUGCACCCUUCCCCAUCACUUUUGACCAUCAAAAGAUUCUGGUCAAUGAUCUGCCUCAACCAAGCAAGAAAAUCAAUGCCCUUUUCUUAUACUCAGCGAGGGUUAAAAACCAAUCAAAUAAUCAAAGGUCCAAAAUCGAGGUAAUUUCGUCAUCCAAAAAUAACGAACAUCUUCGAAAAAUUGUUAAUAAUACAUAGAAUGUAGAACUAUAAUUGUAUGAAUGAGGAGUUUUAACUAUAAUUUUGUUCAAACUGUAAUUCCAUUAACUAUUCGUAUGAGAUGUAGACAUACUUGUCGAACCAAUCUGAAGUUUCAUCCUUGUUCAUGUUCCAUUUCUUCUUUGAUUUACAAAAGCUUAACAUGAUUAGGGACAAACAAAAUGAAUGGUAUACAAAACAAAAAAAAAGUAAAAUGGUGCAUUCAAUGAUACACAAACAAACAAAACUGCAAAAGUGAAAGCCAUAGAUAAAAAGGGGGGAAAAGAACAGAGGAUGUCAUGUAAAGAAAGCGAAACUAAAAAUGGAGGAACUCUUCUAGUCUUCUUCACCACUGUCACUAGAAUCGACAUCGGUGGCUUUCUCUGAAGACUGUGCGAAGAGAAAGAGAUAAAAAAGGAUAGGGGAAAAGGUCUAGAGAGAGAGAGAGAGGGAGAGGGAAGCUUGCCUUAACUUACGUUUGCCGCUUGCUUAAGAGAGAGAGAGAGAGGAUGGUGGGCUCAGGAGGAGGAGAUAGGAGCAGCAAAGAAGCGGUUGGGAUGAUGGCACUUCAUGAGGCCCUCAGGGCCGUCUGUCUCAACUCAGACUGGAUUUACUCUGUUUUCUGGACUAUUCGUCCUCGCCCGAGAGUCAGGGGAGGCAAUGGUUGCAAGGUUGGGGACGACAAUGGAAGCUUGAUGUUGAUGUGGGAAGACGGAUAUUGCCGAGGAAGAGCUGGAAGAGAUGGAUUCGACGACAACAUCGAUCAUGGGGAAGAAGAUCCUGUACGCAAAGCAUUCAGCAAAAUGUCUAUUCAGCUAUAUAAUUAUGGAGAAGGGUUAAUGGGGAAGGUUGCAUCAGAUAAGUGCCACAAAUGGGUGUUCAAGGACCCAUCUGAAUCUGAACCAAAUGCGGCCAACUACUGGCAGAGCUCUUUUGAUGCUCUUCCCCCUGAAUGGACUGAUCAAUUUGACUCUGGGAUUCAGACCAUUGCUGUGAUUCAAGCGGGUCAUGGCCUACUCCAGUUGGGUUCCUGCAAGAUUAUAGCUGAAGACCUGCAUUUUGUGCUGAGAAUGAGGCAUACAUUUGAGUCACUAGGCUACCAAUCUGGCUUCUACAUCUCCCAGCUCUUCUCCUCCACCACCACCAAUAGAAACAACAUUUCAUCAUCACCCUCAAUCCCUUCCAAGCAGUCUCUAAUGAUGCCCACCCGGCCUCCACCGAUUUUCAACUGGGGCCAUGGCCAAAGGCCACUCCCACCAUCUGCAGCAGCUUCCAUGCUCAGCUCCCCCAAUUUCCAGCACCCAGAGAGAUCGAUGGGGUUCCCACCACAGGGGAAAGAAGAGCCACCGCCACCACAUAUGUUCCUGCUCCCCCAUCCUUCGGUGGCGUCCGAGCCUAAUAGAAUGGAGGAGAUGAUGAUGGGGCCAGGGGAGCAUGAGAGCGACAUCAAAUGGCCUAAUGGCUUGUCUUUCUUCAGUGCUCUAACUGGAAGAACCGACGUGGAUGCCAAGCUCUUGUCAGGAAACAAUUCUGAAGCUUCGGAAAUGCAUGAUUGUAAUCCAUUUUCCUCCUCUGGCUCUCGGCCGGAUGGCUGUGCAACAAGCUCAAGAAGCUACUUGGAAUGAUUAAGGAGAGUGUCUGACUGAGUGAGUGACAGAGAGAGGGAGAGAGAUUAUGAUGAUAGGUACCACCUUUUUAAGAGUGGAGUUUCUCUGUUGUUGAGCUUUUGUUUCCAGGUUCAGUUUCAACUAUUAGACGUACUGUAGUAGUAGUACCGUCCUUUUGUUAGUUUCUUAUAUCAUGUAGCUGAUGUUUCCAUUCCAAUUUGAAAUCCUGAGCUUAGGGGUUAAUACUAUCAGAAUGUGUGAAUUUUGCUCAAAUAUCAUUUGUGUCGUCAAAUUUCUGAAAUGACAGAGAUUUAAUAGUCGAUCGAAAUCUGGUUAAACUCUUUUGUUGAAGUUUUAGUAUCAUGCCACGGCUAUAAUGAUCAGUGAACUCAUUUUACUUCAAAAACUACUUCUAGACCCUGGUGUCUCAUCUGCUAAGCACCAUGCUCCUCUACUAAGACGAUUAAGCUGAUCUCCAUUUAGCGGAAAAUCUCAUCAUUUAUGAAUACGCUAAACACAACAAAACACCACUUCGUAU